AUGAAGCCUAUGAAGUAUGAACACAAGGGAAGCAUCUACAAUGAAAUAACGAAGCAAACAAGUUAUGCCCAAAAUAAAGACAUGCUGAGUAAAACAAAAUGGUUAGGAAUUUUUUCCAUUUCUGUGAUUAUAGACUGGUUAAACAGUCUGCUACUGAGUAAAAAAAUUUUAAAUGAAAAAAAUAUAUACGAAGAAUUAAAGAAUGGAUUUUUAAUUUUGAAAUUAAUUCAACUUUAUAAUCCUCAAAUGAAAAUUCAUGGAAUAUUCCCAAAAGCAACAGAAAAAAAAUGUUCUAUACAAAAUUUAGAAAAAGCAUUAUCAAUUGUUUAUGGGAAUAACCCAUAUUACUACUCUAUGGUUUCUUCGUUAGAUAUAUAUGAAAAGAAGAAGAACAAAAUUCACAUAUUAUUAAUACAACUUUUUAACAAAUUUGAAUUCCAAAUUUUGAAAAAAAUUUCAAUUCCUUUAUUAAAUUGGUAUAAUCUCACACUUCAGAAGUUUCAAUUACAACUUCAUAAUGAGACAUUAAGCAACCCUUUCAACGUCCCUCCAAAGAAGUUACUGAUCAAUUGUUCCAUAAGUGACGGUUGUCAUGGUACGAACCAUUACAAUACAGAUGUUUUUUUUGAAGAGAACAACUCUCAUGUUUUGAAGAAAUACAAAAUAGGAAAUACAAGAUGGAAAGCUCAUGUAUUGAAAAACUUUGCAACGUAUGUUCUAUUUAAGGAUAAAGAAGAAAGAGAAAGGAAAGAAUGUACUACUACUACUAUUGCUACUACUACUCCUCAUAUUGUUGAAGAUUUUUCAGAUUGUGUAAAAAUGUUUUUAAUAUUUUACAGAUAUGGUUAUAUAACUCAAGAACAACUCAUGCAUGUAGAUAAAGUAGAUAUAAGAAACAAAUACUUUUUUCUACAAAAUUUGCUGACAAAAUUGAAUAUCCCAGUUAUUUUAAAAAAUCAGUAUCUUAAUAAUCCUUGCGAAGUUGCAAUUCUUCUGCAGUUAAAAUUUAUACAAUUUUUCAUCCGUAACAAUGAUUAUGAAAGAGCUAUUGAUUUGAGUGGGACAUACUUCAUUCCUGACUUGUUAAGGCAAAACGUGCAAAAAACGCAAAAAAAAAAAAAAAAAAAAAAAGAAUUAAAUUGCACACAAAAUUCCUUCCCCAUCAACUCAUCAAAUGACGGCUACUACUCCUCUGUAAAUCCAAUUAGCGAGAACCUGAAAAAGUACGAAGAAACCGAGCUGAACCAGUGUAACGAUAUUUGCACCUACUCCAGCUUUGCAGCUUUUGAUAAGCAGAAACAAGCAUAUACACAGUUACACACUAAAAUAGCUAUUUCUGGGUUGAAUAACGAAAUUAAAACUAGCCCAAAUGAUUUUCUGACUUGUGCAGAAGAAAAAAAAAAAAAAAAAAUUCUCAACAAGAAGCAAUUUUCCGAAGAUACAAAGGAAAAUAUUAUUCCGAUGUGCAAAGGUUUAGAAAUGGAUAUAUUCAGACGAACACCCACAUGGGUCAUACGAAAAAUGUUUUAUCAGCAUGAUGAAGAACUUGCACAUGAUGAUGUCUACAUUCAGACAAGAUCACGUGAAGAAAAAUAA